AACGUGUACAUUUCCGUUUAUUCAUUUAGCAGACGCUUUUAUCCAAAGCGACUUAGAAAUGAGAAAAUAUAAGCAAAGCGAUGGAGUAUAUAAGGUGCAAUGGAAUAUUUUUUUUCUAAGUAGGCCUCUGAAUAUCUAUAUUUAAUGUUUUCGUCAAUGUUUAUUUUAUGUACUAUAAAGUGGUCUAUAUAUGUGUGUGAGGAAGCCACUGGGGAAAUUCGAAGCUUGAUGUAGUCUCUGGGACUACCGGAAGUUGCGUCACUAUUCCGCGGCAGCCUGUCCUGGGUAAAUAUUAAUGCAUCUCAAAUGUGUCAACCUAUUACUUCAACUACCUCUACUGCCAUGUUUGGGAAGGCGAGUGUCAGCCGAAUCAGGACGAUGCGACUCAGCAAGUGCCUGCAGGGAACAUGUGGUCGUGGCUUUCUCAGGAUUAUAUGGGCAUGAUGACCAACUGGUACUGCAGGAUUGGACAGUGCUGUGAUUCAGGAGACUGCAGAAUUACUAACAACAUCACAGGUCUAGAGCGGGAUCUACAGCUAAAACUUCAUGGGCAGCAUCUGGCUCAGUCGGUGGUCCUGAAAGCCAUUCAAGGCUUCAUUAAUAACCCUGAGUCAAACAAGCCCCUGACUCUGUCCUUCCACGGUUGGUCAGGCACUGGCAAAAACUUUGUGGCCCGGUUGGUGGCAGAUAACCUGUAUCGUGACGGAGUGAAGAGUGAGUGUGUGCGUCUGUUUAUUGCCCCAUUCCACUUCCCACAUGCGAGACUGGUGGAUGUGUACAAGGGCCAGCUAAGGGAGGCUAUUAGAGACAUGGUCCUCCGUUGCCCACAGACACUCUUCAUUUUUGAUGAGGCAGAGAAAUUACACCCUGGUCUUAUAGAUGCAAUUAAGCCCUAUAUGGACCACUAUGAUAAUGUGGAUGGCGUUAGUUACAGAAGAGCCAUAUUCCUGUUCCUCAGUAAUAUUGGUGGUGCAACUAUUAAUGAUGUAGCUCUGGACUUUUGGCAUUCGGGGCAGAACCGGGAGGAUAUUGGUAUGGAAGAUCUGGAACAUCGACUGCGAGCAGAAUCUAUGGAGGCUGAAGGAGGAUUUGCCCAGAGUGAGCUCAUGUCAGGGCACUUGAUUGACUUCUUUGUGCCAUUCUUGCCUCUUGAAUAUCGUCACGUUAAAUUGUGUGCUCGGGACGCGUUUGUAAUCCGUGGUGUGGAGCCUGAUGAGGCAACUCUGGAUGAGGUGGCUAAAGCCAUGCUGUAUGUACCCAAAGAAGAAAAACUCUUUUCUGCACAGGGUUGCAAGUCCAUCCCACAACGAAUCAACUUCUUUUUACAUUGAUAGAAUAACACACGGUCAUUAAGCCCACAUGAACAAGUUAUGGCAUACGUAACAGCGAAGCUAAAAUGAGACUGUUGCCAGAUUUUUACAUGCCAGGCCAAUCCUGAGCUCGACUUACUGUCUGUGCGGAGUUUCUCAUGUUCUUUUCCCCAUGGCCAUUAAGGUUUCCUCUCCCCACCGGAAAAACAUGCUGGCAGUUGGAUUGGCUAUGCUAAAUUGCUCGUAGGUGUGGACUACUGGUAUCCCAUCCAUGACAUAUUCCCUUCUCAUGCCAGGUGUUCCCAGGAUAGGCUCUGGAUCCACCAUGACCCUGACCUGGAUAAAGCAGUUACUGAAGAUGAAUGUUUCCUUGAACAUUCAGAGCUGUUCACAAUGGAGAGCUGUUACUUGACCCCACUGAACUACUAAUCCUUUCCCACCCCGUUUACCUCAGUCUAAUAGAGCUUUUCCACUGGACAAUGCAGUACAGUUAAUAAUAUGAACUUUUUAUACCCUGGUCAAGUACCUGUGCCCGUUUCCCCUCGAGUAAUAGUAACCAUGAACGUAGGAGUAGUUCUUUGAAAGUUGUAGAGUCAUGAUAUCAAUUCUAAUGCAGUGUUAGUGUAUACCGUAAACCCUUACACUACAAUGAUCUUUUCGUAUACUAGACCCCUCAUUUAGGGGACUCCUUUAUAAAACAUUCAUACACACAAAUUUGAUCUUAAAAUGGUAAUGCAGGUUUCCAACCUGACGUACGCACUUUUCCUAUUGACCAUGGCAGUAUGCUCCAAUAAUUAGACUGUGUGAUUUGGGAGAACUGUGCCGAUGUUUCCAGUGCCAGAACAACAAAUUAAAUGUUAUGAAAAUCUAUUAAUAAUUUGAAUAACACUUGCUUCAAAAAGACAAACAAUCUAUUUUUAAAAGGUGCAUUAAUAGACAUUAAUGUGAGUCAGUUAUUAUGCCAUGUAUACUAACAAAAUGUAAUGUACUGAAAUCAAAGUUUAACUCUCAGCAUACAAGUUCAUUAGUCCGCAUUGUCCAAGCAUUAAUGUAGGGCAUUAUUGGGGAUUAUACCACUAAUUUCACUGUGCCCGAUAAUGGAGGCUAGACACUGGCAAAGGCACACCGUGUCCUGCCCCAGUGGAUUGUACGCAGGUUCUGUAUACAGCAAUCUUCUUCCUUGAAAUUUGAUAUCUGGCCACUUUCUUCACUGCGGGCAAAGUCCAUCCUUUACCCCCAGCUUCAAUGGCAGCAGCCGUGCCACACAACAUAUUUUGUUUGGAAUGCGAUACUACUGCUAAGAUUUCCAAAAAGCAUUGUGUCUGCUCUUGACUGCACUUCUGUUAAAGAACAUCAAUUUCAGACUCACUGAACUUUCUCUUUGUUGCCUUUUGAGCCAGUUUUAUUUGUGAGCCUCUGUUGCCAGAAAUACUGAUAUGAAAGUGUGUUAAAUAAAGGGAGGUGCGGAGAAAUGGGCUUACGGGGUGAAUUCCACAAAAAUGAUUUAUAAAUGACUCCGCACAACGUAUAUUCAACCAGGUUUUCCAUUCCAUCGCAUUUGAACUUUACAACUAUUGAUUUCUAGGAUUUUAUUGAUUCUAGGUAGCUAGUGUUUUUACAAAAUAAGUGACAAGUCACCUACUUGGCACACUUUGGGCAAGGGGGGGUAACCAAAUUCAUUAAAGGCACUUAAUGAAAAAAUCAACAGAAUUUCGGAUAUUUGUUUUCAUAACAUACUUUCCUGCGGAAAAUUGGUCAAAUGUGGCAGUUAUUUACCGUGUGUGUGAGAUUGUUUUUUGUUUGUUUUUUUUUUUACAUUCUGUAUUAUUUAAUGUAAACAUCUGUUGUUUAUGAAUGCCUUAAAUGGAAUCAUUUGGGUUUUUGUCACAUUAUAUGGAUGUAGGAUUUUAAGGUUCAGGAGACAUGAAAGCAGAGGAAAGCAGUUGAAAUUGUAUGACAGACCAUUGUUUAUCAGUGUUACUGUUGUUUCUAUUGCAACAAAAGUCUAUUUUUCUAGAGAAAAUGCCAGAUUGUGACAGCAAUAAGAACAAUGUGUAGUCUGGGGUUAGUGUGUACACCUUAGACCUCUAACAUCUAAAUUGUUUUUCAAUAGACUAUGGAAUUGCACGGUGGAGUUUACAAUGUCAUUACUGAGUUUAAGGGAAAUAUGUUGAAAGGAUUUAAUUUAAAUGUUCUAGAUGAAAAUACAUCCCCAUGUUUAAUCAUUUUGGUUGACAUGAAGCUACAUUGUGUAAAAAAAUCCAAAUAAAAAUGUAAAUUUUUAUGCUGGUUUGUUAUAAUAAUAAGUUAUAAACACUUUGUAUAUAAGGAAUUCUAAAUUGUCAUUAUUAUGUAUAUUUUGAACAUUUUAAACACUGUAUUUAGCUUUUAGACUUUUGUGUCAGUAAUAUUUUCACUACAAAGUCAUCAGCUUAAAGUUCUAAACCUUUUGUGAAGAAUUUAAUUUUAGCUGUUAUACAUAAAAUGUUUUAGACGCAAA